AUGACGACAUCGGCGUACCAUAAGACAAGGGUUCGGGCCAUCAACUCUACUUGGCUUCGUAGAUGCGAUGCGUCACAUUUUCUGACCAAUAAUGCUCGAUUUCUCAAUCAGUUCACACCCUAUCACACCAUUUUCUCGUCUUUACCCGAAAGUUAUUUUAAACUUUUUUGGAAGACUCGACUUGCACUCUAUUAUGUAUACACAAAUAUCUCAUCGCAUUAUGACUGGUACUAUAAGGCAGAUGAUGACACAUAUGUCGUCGUGGAGAAUCUCAGAGCGUAUUUGGCCACUCUUGAUCCAAACAAGCCGUACUACAUAGGAUUUCGAGUGAAGAGAAGAAUGCCAAAGCAUGGAUACAACGCUGGCGGAAGUGGGUAUGCGAUGAGUCGAGCAGCUAUGAAGGUUUUUGCUGAGCGACUGUUUCAUCAAAAAUCUCUUUGUCCCUAUCACGAAUGGGAAGAUUUAGCUGUAGCCAGGUGCCUCGCUAACGUAGGAAUCUAUCCCACCGACACCCGCGACGAAUUACGCAGGCAGAGGUUUCUCCCUUGGACACCGGAGCAACAUUAUCAAGCAGAUCUGACUAGAUCAUUCCUAAUGGAUCCCAUAGAACAUUGGGGACCUGCUAUUUUCCAUGGAAAUCUCAUCAGCAUGCAUCACCUUGGUCCCGAAGAAAUUCGGCUGAUAGAUGGACUAUUGUACGGUGUUGCUGCUGGAAUAUGGAAUCGGUCUGCAGCCAGAGUGGAACAAACAAUCAAUCGGCCUCCGGGAUCAAAAAAUACGUAAUAUAUGUUUGUUGUCACGACCUAGUAGGCUUAAGCUAGCAUGUCUCCUAUAAUGUUUAGCUUUCUUUUCGAUACUCAUCUGAUGCAUAUCACUGAACUCAUAACUGAAAAUUCGCAAUUAUCGUGCUUUCGAACUUUGAUAUCACUGGGA